AUGUCGCAAAACCGGCCAUCGGCUUUCUCCAGCCUACGCAUGGGUGGUAAGGAUGGACGAGGCCCACGCAUCGUCGUCCGCGAGAAGGUGCAGGAUGGCUUGACCGGCGAGUACAAGGACCUGGCCUACACGCAGUGCAAGAUCGUCGGCAAUGGCUCCUUCGGCGUCGUCUUCCAGACCAAGCUUUCCCCCAGCGGCGAAGAUGCGGCGAUCAAGCGGGUCCUGCAGGACAAGCGCUUCAAGAACCGCGAGCUCCAGAUCAUGCGCAUUGUUCGGCACCCCAACAUUGUGGAGCUCAAGGCCUUCUUCUACAACAACGGCGAACGGAAGGAUGAGGUCUAUCUGAACCUCGUGCUCGAAUACGUCCCGGAAACCGUCUACCGCGCCUCGAGAUAUUUCAACAAGCUGAAGACCGUUAUGCCCAUUCUAGAAGUCAAGCUCUACAUCUACCAACUCUUCCGCUCUCUCGCCUACAUCCACUCGCAGGGCAUCUGUCACCGCGACAUCAAGCCUCAGAACCUCUUGCUCGACCCGAACAGCGGAAUCUUGAAGCUUUGCGAUUUCGGUAGCGCCAAGAUACUCAUUGAGAACGAGCCGAAUGUGUCGUACAUUUGUUCGAGGUACUACAGAGCGCCAGAGCUGAUUUUCGGCGCAACCAACUACACCACGAAGAUCGAUGUGUGGUCGACCGGCUGCGUUAUGGCCGAAUUGAUGCUGGGCCAGCCUUUGUUCCCUGGAGAGUCUGGCAUUGAUCAACUUGUGGAGAUCAUCAAGGUUUUGGGCACGCCCACCAGGGAUCAGAUCCGGACCAUGAACCCCAACUACAUGGAACACAAGUUCCCUCAAAUCAAGCCGCACCCGUUCAACAAGGUACAGACGAUUGGCUCUCUAGAACACGACCGCAAAUGCUUACCGAUUUCCAAGGUUUUCCGCAAGGCUGAUCCUAACGCCAUCGACCUCAUCUCUAAGCUGCUUGAGUACACGCCCACGCAGAGACUGUCGGCGAUUGACGCCAUGGUCCAUCCGUUCUUUGACGAAUUGCGGGACCCUAACACGAGACUCCCCGAUUCCCGCCACCCGAACGGCGCGCUGAAGGAGCUGCCAAAUCUGUUCGACUUCACCCACCACGAACUCUCAAUCGCUCCCCACCUCAACACCAAGCUCGUGCCGCCGCAUGUGCGUCCAUCUCUCGUGGCGCAAGGAUUGGACAUUGAGUCUCCCGACUUUAAGCCCCUGACGAAAGACCAGAUGAUGGCCCGGUUGGACUAA